CUGGAGGCUAAAUUUUUGGACUUGGAGCCAAAAUUUAGGAGGGAAGUUUUAGCAUUUGCCGGCGGGAAAGAAAUUGCGGGAGUUAUGGGACUUUUGGACAAAUCAAUUUUCAAGUACUAGUGUUAUUAGGUUAUUAAUUAGGCAGCAAAUUUUGUCCACGUCUUUUCAUUCAACCAUAAAUAUUUUAAUUAAUUUUAGUUGUUAGUUGGUUCACAACAAAAUUUUCACUCACGUUUCUUUUUUAAUUCAUUUUAAAUUCCCUUAAUUUUAAUUUUUAAUUUGGAAAGACAAAUUGUCACAUUGUUCAUGGUGAUUAACCGUGAGUAAUAAUUUCUCACAUUGUUCACGGUAAUUAACCGUGACUAACUAUUAAUCACGGUAAACAAAGACUAAAAAUUUGUUAAACUAAUUACCGUGACUGGAACUAUACAAUCAAUUACAGGAAUUUUACCCGUGAUCAUUAAUACACUUCUUAGUACGGUAAAAUUUCCCGUGAAAUAGAUCCCGUGACUAGAAAUCUGUUUUCCUGUAGUGUAUAUACCAUAUGGUAAUGUGUAUAUACCACACUAUACCAUAUGGUAAUGUGUAUAUACCAUAUGAUAAAGUGUCUAUACCAUAUGGUAAAGUGUGGUAACGAAAUGUAUUUUUAUGGAUAUCGUGUUUUACUAUGAUUGUAAAGGGUUGUAAUUAGAUUUAUAUUAUUUUUGUAUGGUUUUACCUUCUCAUACCAUGUGGUAUUGUAUGGUAAUUAUAAUUAAUUUGUGUUCAUUCGAUUAACCAUGUUCUACUAUGGUGGUAUUGUAUGGUAGUCAGAUUUAUAAUUUUCCAUAACAUGUUUUACCAUGUGGUGUUAGUUGGAUUUGUAAUUUUAUUUUAGCAUGUUAUACCAAAUGGUAUGAUAUGGUAAAUAGAUUUGUAAAUUUCUGUAGCAUGUUUUACGACGUUAUACCAUGUGGUAUACUGGUAUUGUAUGGUAGUUAGAUUUGUAAAAAAAAUUUCAACGUAUUUUACCAUGUUUUACCAUGAUAGUAGACAGUGAUAAUAAAUUUCAUAUUUGUAAUUAAUGUCUUUCGCACUAAAUUAUUUAACGAAAAAAUAACCAUUUAAUUUGAGUUGAAAUUUGAACAAAGAUAGCUAAGAUGAUUAGAUUCAUUUUUGUUGUGGAUGAGAGAGAGAAAAUAAUGUACUUUUUCUAAUAAUAAAACAAAGAGUAAAAGAGAGGAGAACUAGGUGGGGUGGGAGAGUGGGAUCCGCGUCAGCGUCAGCGUCAGAAUUAAAUAGGGGGUACAAUUUACCCUAUUACCCCUCUGUGUUGAAUUUUAAUAAAAGAAAAAGGCUGACACGUGGGGGCCAGGGGAAGGGGUUACUGAUGGUUACUGAUGUAUUGGUUACCGAGGGGAUCCGGACCCCUUCAAUCAUAUGAACCUCCAUCUUCUGCUUUCCUUUACUGAUCUGAGCAGCCUCUUCUUCUGAAUUGAGAUCAAUCAAUCCCUUGAAUCUUGUCAGUGGGUUCAGAGAAGCCUUGUAUUUAAUUUUAUGAGCUUCAGGAAGCCUCACAAGGAAGAAUUUGCGCCGAAAUCCAAUGCCCAGAACGAACCAUGUUCUGCCCAGGGAAAACUCUGUUUUGCGAUGGCAAAACAGGACAUUGAGAAGCUGGCCGAAUUAGAGGAGGUCAAGGAAGAAUCGAGCAAUCCAGCAGGUGUGGAGUUCUUCCUCGACGGUGAAGUAAAGAAGAACAGUGAAGCUGAAGAUUCAGAAAUCCUUGAAGAUGCUCGAGUCGAGCCAUUGGCGAGGACUGCGCCAGUCUGUCCAGCGUUGACGAAACAGAGCGCAAACAGGGCUCUCAUGGGCAGGCCAACUAGGGAAGAGUCGACUUAUGGAGAUGACGCAGACUCAUUCAUUCAGACCCCAGAAUUGUUAAAAUUACACCCCAUCGAGCUGAACGAACCUCCAUUUGAGGAUUAUGACUCUGAUAUUUCACCUCUGUGUAUGACAAACGGAGUCAGAGGAGGGUGCUUAACGAGCAGCAACAUUGUGCCAGAAUCGAACUCAGAAAACACCGUAGAAACCUUUCAAAAGACCCCAGGAAGCUGCUCCGAAGGAUGGAUCGCCUUGAAUACGCUUAAUUUUCAAGAUCAAAAUGGGGCUCGUAUGCCUCUGAAAAUGCAGAAACAAGAAGCUCAUUUUUGCGAAUUGGUUGGCGCAGUGGAGAAGGAUUCGAGCAAAACUGGGAACGUGGUGAAGUUCGUGAAGUCACUAGGAUUCUUUAGAGCCAAGAAAUUGGGAAUGAAGGAGUCAGAAUUGAAUUUCCCCAAUUUUGCAAGUGGCUCGCCGGCAUUUGGGUUUUGCUCGCCGGAUUCUGGGAAAUUCAAAUUCCCCGGGGGAGGGAAAUUCGUUUAUUCUAAUUGGCGACGCGUUUGGAAGAAUCGAAGGCUAGGAACGGAUGGAAUCGCCUCCUGGGACCCAGGCAAGUCGAUCUCGAGCGGUGAAUUGGCUCGAAGUGGCCUAGAAGCGAAACGCCCAAUUUUGGAGGUCUCACCGGAAAGUAUCAACUCGCCGGAAACUGGGAAAAUUUGGUCGGCGUUCUUAAAUGUACAGAAUCCGAUUGUGUGUCCAGAUUUUGCUUAUUUUUGUGUGGAAGGCGAGUCCUGGAGUACUACGAAGGAGUUGGAACAAAUUGGAGACGAUUCUGAAGGUGCAAAUUUUUUAUGACGAAAAUGGUGUUUAUGCAGCCCACUUUCGAUCCAAUUUGGGAUCACUUCUGUGUACGAUUUGAGCAAAGAAAGACUAAAGUGUUGAGGGCAACACUUUUUCAAGAGGGAGGGCCUGAUAUGAUCUCAAAUUGCCAACCAUUCACGUCACAAUUACUUGACAAAGAAGCUAUCGAAGUUGGGAAGAAGAAAGGCAGAAUUUGGCCAAGUGUUGGGACAGUUUCGGGAUGCCUAUUUUGGAGGCAUGGUUCUCACAAUUGACUCGGUUAAAAUUGGAUUUCAAGGGCUUGUUUUACAUAAAAAUUUGCCAUGUUUCCAGUGGUAUGCUUUGUGGAUCAGGAAGAUGUCAUUAAUGUUGUUUUCCAAGGCCUCAAAGUUGCUACCUCAAAUCUGGAAAACUGCCAGAAAAUGACUAAGGCAGAAAACUAUUUUGUGAAGCCUACUUUCGAGUUUAAUUCGAGGAGUAUGGAUCUGAUUCAACUCCAAAGGCUUCCACAACAUGAAACUGGGUAUGUUUAUGUACAAAGGGAAGGAAUUGGAUGAAGGAUUGGAGUUCGGGAAGACUUCGAACGAAUGACACGAAGUUAGUACGAAAGUUGCCUUUUUGACUGUUUGCUGGCAGCUUAAUUGUGCUUCAAGAAAGGGAGUUUAAACCCGAAUUUUGUGUCCAGUGUAGACUUUUACCUUAUUUGUUUCCUUGUUCAUCCAGAUUUGUAUUAGGUUUAAUUGGCUAUAAAUAGCCCUCCAUUUA